GGUUGCGGGCGGAGAGGCCCGCGCAGAGCCUUCCGUCCUGAGGCUUCCGCCCCUCGCCGGGACGUGAAGAAGUCGAUGUCUUCGUUUAUAUUUUAGUCGUCUAUUACAUAUAUAGGACAUUGGAGUCUGUCGUAGCUCGUUAUCUGACGUGUAGCCUUUCGAAAGGAGGUAAGCCGGUAAUGAACGUGGAGGUUCAGUGCACGAAUUGGCAACGGAACGGAAGCCGGUUCCUCUGCGGUGUCUCUUAGCUGUGCUGAGCGGAGAGCGGAGCAGCUUGAGCCGCUAGCGAUACGGCGACAGCGCGGUGCGAGGCUCGGGCUCUCGAGCCUACCGACUUGAGGGGGAAAUUAAACAAAGAACGCUGAGUAUUAAUGGAAUAAUUAUGUUCUCAAACACUUCUCGGGAAUAGUCCACGUCUGUAACGGUUAGCUUGUAGAUAUGGAAGUAGUUUGUGUAAACGAAUAAGCGCAUUUCAUGUCGCUCUGGCGCUUGGAGCUGAAGCCGCGUAUGCUAAAGGCUCCUGAGGUGAACACGAACACAAUGUGGUCACUGUAACCUGAGGUGCUUCCUGACGGAGUUACUCUUCGGACAGAUUAAUCAACUUUCACUCUUUGCGUCUGUGAAUCGAUGUGAAUGGGGGUUUUAUUGACCUGCACGUGACUGACUCACCUGCUCGACUCACCUGCUCGACUCGCCGCGCGGAGAAGGUAAAAGAGAAGAAUGUUACGAGGUCACAGAUAGAGGUCCCAAGCCCCACCUUCCCCCUAAUCUGUCAUUCUAUAAUGUUUCUGAAAACGGUUCCUCCUGUGGUGGCAGUUCACUCAGAAUGGAGGUCCGGUAAGAGCCUGAGCCUGCCACUUUGCUUCAAUGAUAGUGCUUCAGACAGUGACUUUGUAUCUUCCAGCGGAACCCCCAUCCCGCACAAAGUCCAGAUGAUCAUUGACAGCCUCUGCAGCACACAGUCCUCAGAUAUGAGCAAUGAGGUCAACGCUAGUUCCCAGUCUGCCCUCAACCUGCCCAAGUCGUCAUGUGGAGGCCACAAGUCUUGUCACAUGGACACACUAGCAAGGUCUCGACGAGCAGCGACAGACAGCAGUAAGCUUCAUGCAUAUGGCUCUGAUGCCACUGAAGGUUCCGACAGCGACGAUUCAGUAGAUCGAGGGAUCGAGGAGGCCAUCCAGGAGUACCUGAAGGAGAAAGUGGACCACCAGCAUAAAAGGGAGCCAAUGGAGAGCCCAAUACAGACACCUAAAAUUGAGCAGGGAGGCAUUUGUAUUCCAGACGUACCUACACAGCUCAUGCAUUCCACCAAGGUACUAAGCACUAGCAACCAUACCCUGAAAGGUUCAAAAGGAAUCCAGCCAUUGGUAACCUUGAAGAAAAAGAAAAAAACAAUCAACGAGAACCCAGUUGGAAAAACAGGUGCUGCUAAAGCCUUGCCUACAAAAGCUCUGGCUUCCUCUGGAACACCUUUGUGUUUGCCACAAGUGGAUUGUACACCACCUUCACUCAGAAUAAAGGUGGAGGAGGAAGAUUUAAUGGAUUCAAGCAGUGAUGAUGGCAUCGAAGAGGCCAUACAGAAAUUUCAGCAAGAAGAGAAGGAGCGUACCGAGGGCUUGAGGUACUUUCAGCUGAAGGAGGUACUGGACUCUAGUAGUGAUGAUGGCAUUGAGGAGGCCAUCCGGAACUACCAACAGGAACAGCAGAAGGACAAAGAACACAAACUUCACCCAAAGCAAAGUUGCUUGAUGUCUGAUCGCAUCAGUGUUAAACCUUUAAAAAAACUAGCUAAGAAGAAAAACAAAAAGAAAAAUGCAGUGGAACCUAAAGAAAUGAAGUGUGCUUCACCUAAACCUGUAGGCCUCUCUCUCAGCAUGUUGCCUACAUGUUGCCUGAGUGCCAGUGGAGAUCCACUGUGCACCACUAGAGCUGAAGAGCCACAGGAUGGGCGGCAGAUUCACUCCACACUCACUGUCAACACUACUGCCGAGCUGAUGUGUGCUGAGGCCAUCUUGGACAUCUCCAAGACUGUCAUGCCAGUAGCAUUUGAGCCCACCUUGGACCUAGCCUGUACCCCUGCAACAGAGACUCCAUCUUUCCUUCCCACUGGUGUUUCACUACAGCAGUAUGAAAAGAGUGACGAGAGCUCUGUGGACAGCGAGGAUGGAAUUGAGCAAGAGAUUCGUAAAUUUCUGGAGCUUAAAGCAAAGCUGCAUGAACAGGCAACCACAACUGACUACUCUGGAGUAUCCACAGUCUCUAAAGCCACACAGCACAUUAAAGUUGAGGAGGAUCAGAACAAAGUACUGAGACUGUCCUUCUCACGUAAAAGGAAACGGAAAGAAGAAGCUAGCAAGAGAUGUAAACCAGGAAUUGCUGGUAAUACCAUCAAAGAAGAGCCUCAAACCAAGCCCGUAACCCAGAGUGAUUUUUCUCCUGUUACAUGGCACACCUGUAGCCCAAAUACCGUAAAGAACAGCAACCCUACACAGAACUCUCCCCAGCAUAGCAUUACCGAAGGAUCCACAUCCAUGAACAAGGGUUCCAGCUGUGGAACCAGCCCCCCAAAGUCUUUUAUUGGCUCUGAGAGGAAUUACAGCAGUGACAAGAGUAGCUCGUUGGACAGUGAUGAGGAUCUUGAUGCAGCAAUAAAAGAUUUGCUCAAGACGAAGAAAAAAGUGAAAAAGAAAGUCCGGGACAUGAAACUCAAGGCAGGAAAGAGCCAUAAACCCAUGCAACUACCAGGUACUGACGCCUUAAAAAAACACAAAUCUGUCAAGGAUCAAAAAUUGGUUCUUGCAGCUAAACCCACGAAACCCAAUGCUAUAAAAAGCAGUAAAGGGCUGAUGGGCAUACCCAGACAGGACAAAGGUGCUAAACCUAAAGUUUUGAAGUCACAGAAGAACAUCAAGAAACCUAAAGUCUUAACAAAGGACGAUCAGGGCUCUGGACACAAGAUAGCAGUCCCUGACGUCCAGUCUACACACGUCGAUGAGGACAGCAGCUCAGUAGACAGCGAUGACAGCAUUGAACAAGAGAUCCGUAGGUUCUUGGCUGAGAAAGCAAAAGGGUCUUCUACACCAGUGACCACACUGAAGCAGGAUAACGUUGGAGGCGAAGAAGAAGCUGCCUUUGGUGCAUUUGCAGAGAAAAAUGUCAAAAUAGAGGAGCUUCAGACAAAGUGUUCUGAUCUCAAAAGGGCUUCAUUGAGCGUUGACCCAAACCAGGACGAGCAAACACAGGGCACUGCCGUGAACAUUAAGGGACCAGAUUCCUCAUUUGCCAGCUAUUGCAGUUUGGAAGAGGAUAGGACCGGUGAUCAAUUGCAUGAGAGGACUUUGCAUGAGUGUAGGAAUAUCAGCUUAGACACAGACAAGGAUUGGGCUCAAAAGGUAACAGGAAAGUUCAUAGACAGAACAGAUUCUGAACCAUUUGUUCUUAAUGUAACUGGCCCACAGGAGCCCAAGGGUGAAGCGCAGCAUCAGAACUUGUUCCUGAUGAAGCACGAUAACUGCAGUAUAAGUACAGCUAGGGAAGAUUCUUCAGCAGACCUGUCUAGCAGCUUGCAGAACAGGUGUAGAAUUCCUCUUAUAGAGGUUAUCAGCACUGUGUGUCCCUCUACCCCCACAAUAGGGAAACACUUUCUUAGUUCCUCUUCAGAGGUUCUCAUGGUUGCCAAGGAAGAUUGCCAGGAAAGUCCUGCCGAGAGCAGGUCGGAUUCAGUCGACCUGUACAGUUGGGAAAGGAAAGGACAAUGGGACCAGCCACCUAAACUGACCUCCAACACCAGACACACAUCCUCUAACCCUGCGCACCUAUCCCGGCACCUGCCUCCUUACCCCUCUCAUCUUUCAUGUGUCCCCCUGCCCCUUGCCCUAUCCCAGCCACGUUCUGGUGCUAGCUUGGUGCACCUCCGCAGAGAUCAGCCCUCAGUUGUAGCUCUGUCAGCUCACAAGUCCACUCACCUGCAGCUUAGAAAUACACAGAAAGAUACCAGAAAAAUGAGUGAAGGGAGGGAGGAGGAGCAGGAGAGGUGCAUAGAUGAGACAGAUGUAGAAUCAGGUGAAGAGAGGACAGAUAAGAGACAGCAGCAAUGCAACCAAUCUCUGUCCACCUGUAUUGAUGCAGGUGUGCUUCUCAGUCCCUACAUUGCGCUCAACACAGAGGAAAGGAGCCGGAGAUUCCGACACAAUAAGCAGAGAGUGCUGAAAUGUGCACGGAGGAAGCUGCAGUUCGUGUUCAGCAGUGUAAAGAUGAAGAGCAUAUGAUGCACACCUGAGAGACACAGAGUUGGUUUAAUAGAAUGAACGUGUAAUGUGCUAAUACACUACUUUAUAGUUGGACUGUUUACCGUGUUCCUUUUUGCAAUUUGUUUCAGUUGAUUUUCAUUUACUUCGCUGUGAAAAGAGUGUCGCAUAUACAGUGGCCUCCUGACCACGAAGACUCAUUUCUUUAUAUUUGUAAACAAUGUUGUGCUUUAAAAAAAAAAAAAAUGUCGAUGCAGUGAAUGUUACAAAUGAUGUUUAAGCCAUAAAUUAGGCCUUAUUUAAUUAAGUAAAGCUGUUUGUGGCCUGCUUUUUACAGUUCACAAUGUGCUGGAUAUGUCCUACUGGAAUAUACACAUAUAUGCACACAUAUAUACAUAUAUAUGUAUGUGUGUGUGUGUGUGUGUGUAUGUUUCACAACUUGAAGAAGUGUCAUUUUUACAUUAAGUAUUAUUUGUUUCCCAAUGUAGAGUUCAGACUAUCCCCAUUCUCGUGCUUUUCUAUACAGAUCAGUACGGUCCAUGUUUUGUUCACCGUUUCAUCUAGAGUACGACCUGUAUUCGAGUAAAUCUUUGCCAUGUGUUCCACGCCAACUUGCCAUCAGGGCUGUGGCUGAAACACGACAGUGGUGUGCUUCAGUUAGGAGGAAUUUGGGGUUGGGGCAGUACAGGAACACAAGAGGUACAUGAACAUGCAUCCUGAUAAUCCACUAAUUAUCUGACUGAGCCAAGUCAGAAUAAAAUCUAUUCCUGUGCAUUCCUAUUGUAACAUCAUAAACUCACUAAAGCCAGCUGGAAUUCAGUUUGUACCCAGUCCAACAGUAGACCAAUAACCGCCAUGCAAACCUUCUACCUAGAUUACUUUCACAAGUAUCUUUGCGUAUUUGCAUACUGCUCUGUGAGGAAGCAAAGUUCACGCUACAGCCUUUAAAAUAUUUACACACAAAUAAUCCUUAAUCCCGACACUUUUACCAUCCUAACAUUUAGUAGAAAUGUUGACUUUUGGCUCUGCAUUAGUGCGUAGGUGUCAUGUCAUGUCAGAGUAACCGUGCAGAAACUACAUUUCCUAACAGCCGGAGCACACCACGUGGCCAUAUCAUACUGUGCUGGUUUAAAGUUUGUGAACCCCAUCUGUUAACCGCUCGGGACAAACAAGAGACUCAUGAACAACUCUCAGUCGUUGAUGCUCCUGGUAGCAAUACACAGUAUUAAGAAUAAAGGUUAUGUAAACUCUUUAACGAGUUCAUUUGUGUAAAUUCAGUUAUUAUUGUGUCUUGUGGACUACAUGUAAACAUGUGUUAUGUGAAAUAGCGUAUUCAGGGCAGGAUUAAAUUAAAAAAAACAAAAAUCAAUUUUAACUAUCCCAAUUUUAAUGAUUUUUGCAGAUUCUGCAAGGGGUAUGUACAUUUAUGAGCACAACUGUAUGUGUAGGAGUAAGGAGUUAAAUGUGGGAUUUUGUGAAAUGGUUUUAAAAUAAGCUCCUUUGCCCUCUAUAUGUGUGGUUAAUUAAAGAGAUUUCCUGAGUCACA